GGGUGUCUUUUUGUUCUGCUGUUCUGGAGAAGCCAUUCGCUGUAGUCACAAUGCUGGUACUGUCGUUGCCGCAUGACAAGCCCACUUCGUAUCUUGACACUGGGAUGUUUCAUACAAAAGGACGGGAUUGUAUCUAAAGAUAAGUAAUUGCUGCUCAGAAAACCCAGUCAGUGUGAAAGCAACUGUAAUGAUACAAUUUGAGGGGACAUUUGUAUACUGUAACGGUCCUAUAAAUAGGCUGUGUUUUUGAAUAAUAGUCUGAAUCGAGGCAGCCUAUAUGCAAGUGAUAUUCAAUUGUUCAACGCGAGUAAAACGGCCUGUUCAAGAACAUGUUGUUGAUUUUCUCAUUGUCGGCUCAUUGGUUCUCGUUAUGUUUUCGCUUUCAGGAUUUUAUUUCAGCAACGCAUCUGUAGGCUAUUUUUAGAUGUCACCAAUAACAUAAAUAUUGAAUACUGAAACGUAUGCGAUUGCAGCCAUUUUAAGUAUUUGUUUUUAGACCGAUAAAGCCAUAAAGAAUUCAUGAUUACUGUUCAACAGGGAUAAUGCCCACAGCAGAGCUGGCCUACAAUCGCGUUAUGUAAUUCUAAUUAUACUUGCUGUUUCAUCUUUAACAUUAAGGUGGACCCGCUGCGCUGUCACUAUGAGGUCCGGGAAUAUGGGGGGUGGAAUGGGCCAAAAUUAAGACGAACGACCGCAAAUCAUCGUAAACUCAAGCUGAAGAACUCACGAACAGAGCAAAGCUGUAAAUGCUGAACAUGUCCACCCCUGGUGACCUGAAGCCCCCGUGUGUGACGAGGAACGGCAUGGUCAAGCUGCCCCCCCAGCCCAACGGCUUGGGCUCAGCCAGCAUCACCAAGGGGACGCCGGCCGCCAAGAACCGCCUGUGCCAGUCCUCCUCAGUGCCCACCAUCCUGCCCCCGCCUGGCCUGCCGUACCACGCUGACCCGAUCCCCACCGCCGCCUCCCUCCUGGGGCCCGACCCCGACCGGAUCUCCCCCACGUCCGCCCACCCCCCGCUCCGCAGGUUCCCCAAGCCGCCCGGGGAGGGCCAGCUGGUGCUGGACGAGAAGGUCCUGAACCGGCUGCUGUGGUACUUCACCACUGCCGAAAAGUGCACCCUUGCGCAGGUGUGCAAGACCUGGCGUAAGGUGCUGUACCAGCCAAAGUUCUGGGAUGGGGUAACUCCCAUCCUGCACGCCAAGGAGCUAUACAACCUGCUGCCCACUGGGGAGAAGCAGUUUGUCAGCCUGCAGGCCUUUGCCCUCCGGGGCUUCCAGGCCUUCUGCCUGGUGGGUGUCUCUGACCUGGACAUUUGCGAGUUCAUCGAUAACUACCCCCUGUCCAAGAAGGGCGUCAAGUCUGUCAGCCUCAAGAGGUCAACCAUCACAGACGCCGGCUUGGAGGUAAUGCUGGAACAAAUGCAGGGUCUGGUGCACCUGGAGCUUUCGGGCUGUAAUGACUUCACGGAGGCGGGGCUGUGGUCGGGCCUGAACGCGAGGCUGACCUCGCUGAGCGUGAGCGACUGCAUCAACGUGGCCGACGACGCCAUCGCCGCCAUCUCGCAGCUGCUGCCCAACCUGGCGGACUUGAGCCUGCAGGCCUACCACGUGACGGACACGGCCAUGGCCUACUUCACCGCCAAGCAGGGCCACACCACCCGCACCCUGCGCCUGCACUCCUGCUGGGAGAUCACCAACCACGGCGUGGUCAACAUGGUGCACAGCCUGCCCAACCUGACCGCGCUCAGCCUGUCCGGCUGCUCCAAGAUCACCGACGACGGCGUGGAGCUGGUGGCCGAGAACCUGCGCAAGCUGCGCAGCCUGGACCUGUCCUGGUGCCCGCGCAUCACCGACGUGGCGCUGGAGUACAUCGCCUGCGACCUGCACAAGCUGGAGGAGCUGGUGCUGGACCGGUGUGUGCGGAUAACUGACACAGGGUUGGGCUACCUGUCCACCAUGUCGUCCCUCCACAGCCUGUACCUGAGGUGGUGUUGCCAGGUGCAGGACUUCGGGUUACAGCACCUGUUCGGCAUGCGAAGUCUGCGUCUUCUGUCCCUCGCAGGCUGCCCCCUGCUGACCACCACUGGCCUGUCAGGCCUGAUACAGCUGCAGGACCUGGAGGAGCUGGAGCUGACCAACUGCCCCGGGGCCACCGCCGAACUCUUUAAGUACUACUCCCAGCACCUGCCCCGCUGCAUGGUCAUUGAGUAGCAGCCGAGCAGCCACAGAAUAGAAACACAACAUGUCCACGCCUAAAAUCCCCCGCUUUGGUCAAAAGAAAAAAAGAACAAAAUCUGACCCACGUGGAUUUCACCCAAAACCCUGAAGGGGGCCCGCGCAAAAGGGACACGUGAGACGAAGAGAACGUAGAACGCCAGAAAUAAUUAGAAAGAAAAUUCGACUAAUAAAAUAAAAUCUCGACAUAAUAACCACAGUUGGUGAGAUGCUGAAAGCAAAAGACAGCCCUGAUGGAGUUUUUUAUUUUGCUUUUUUUGUUUUGUUUUAUAAAGCAGGGAAAGUGUUCAAAUGUGUUUUACAAGAAAAAAGCGUGCUGAGAUUAACACCAACUUCACUCGCGUACAUGCGUGCACACGUAUUGUAUGAAGCAUAAAACUACACGUUUAACAGUGAAACUUGGCUUUGGUGUGACAUCAUUCCAUGUUCUUUUAUUUUUCAAAAAAAGAAAAAUUAAAAUAAAAAUCAAAAGGAAGAAAAUACAGAGACCCAGGAGAGGGAUCCUUCUUGUUCUGGCUCUGAGAGUCUGGAGGCUGGGGUGUGUGUGAGGAAGAGGACAAAUUUGGACAGACAUCACCUGACAGGAUUUAGAGGCAUUCACUUUACAUUCUGCAAACAGUGGCUUUUUUUUUUACAUUUCUGUGUCUUAAAAAAAAAAAAUAUGAAAAAAGAAAUAAAACGUUUACCUGAACGUAAGUAGAAGAUUUUUAAAAAAGCUACUUUAGAAGUUUUGUUUUGUGUAAAAUAAGCUGCACGCUUUUACCCGCUUGUUGUCAUGCAAUUUCUUUGUUUAAUUUAACAUAUUAUUUUUUUAAAUAUUAUUUUUUGAUUAACAGAAAAAAAAGGUUGUUGACAAGCGAGGUUUGCUGGAAGAAGUGGUGGCCCUGUGUUGAACGUCCUGUUUCAGAAGGUUUUGAAAGCAGAGCUCACUGUUCUGUGAGUGUUCAGAAGAGGACUUCCAGCGCUAAGAAGAUCAUUCUUUGCAGAGAGGUCUUCAGGAUUGACUCAGGGGAAGAGGGGAGACAUGUGGAUGUAGGGUAGAGGGGAUAUUUUGGUUGCAUUUUCCUUAUCAUAAGGGCCUGUUAUGUAUAUAUGCCAUAGAUAAUUAUGUCCAACUUGACCUUUUAAAGAAAAGAGUUUAUUUUCUUUCCAUGUCUUAAUGUCAUGUAAUGUGGUUGCUUGUGCACUGGUUGCAGUUUAAAUCCUAUUUCAAAGGAGGGUGAAAACAGUGAACUGUACGUCCUUAUAUGCUACAUUUGGCUGCUAGUGGUGACCUUAGCGGGAACCAAUGCAGGUCAUUUCAGUGCGAGAAACUGUAUAUUACCUGUUGUUACCAAUGAUUCGGCUACAUGAUCACAAGAUUUUUAGCUGUACAGCUGAAUUACUGCACUCGAAAGUGGCAUUGCUUUUGAAACGUAAGCACACAACGUCUGUCUUAAAGUCUUAUGUGUACAAAAACAUGACGCGCUAAUGUAAAAAAGGGAUUUCAGAGUAGUUCAUUGUACUAGUGUCUGAAUGCACACACUGGUGCACUGGAAUAAUUAUUUGAGGUUUUAGUUUAAAUGAAUUCUAAAUUUCAAAAGGAUUUUCCCAGCGUAGUGUAGUGAUGACAGGGUGCCGGUAUUCUGGUCUAGGAUUAGCUGCUUCGUGGAAAAACUGUCUGCAUAGGGGCUGUGUAAAUGUCACUCGAAGCGCAGCUAGAUUUAUUCUCUUGGGCAGCUGCUGUGCUUCACAGCAUUUAGAAGCCUGCACGGUUUCGCAUUGUGGGGUUAUGGAUAAGCUGCAUAAAAUAUUCUGCACAGCAACCUUCAGCUUCUCAGCUGGGAGAUGGUUUUGUUCAUAUUUUUUGGUAGCUAUCACUUCACAGUGGAAAUCCAUGCCCUCGAUAUCUAUCAGCCAUCAUAGAGCUACUAGAGUUAUUCAGGCUCUUGAUGAAAUGCAGCAUGAAUUCAAACCAGGGUCCCUCCAAAGGCUGUUCUGCACUGUCUGAACUGUGACAGGUGAGGAGUUUCCAAUACGAGUUUUAUGGAUGUCGUUAUGUCUGUCUUCUAAUGAGUCUAGCCAAGAUAGACUGCUGUUUUUGAACAUGAUAUCUUAAGUGUUUACAAAAAAGUAGGCUUUUUUUUUUUUUACAUGAAUCCUUGAUGUGUUUGCAGGGGAGGAGUUGCUGACAGUAUUGUGCAUUCUUUUGGUUUUUUUUGUUGCAUAGAUUCAGGGAAUGGGAUGGUAACACUGUGGAUAUGGAGCAGGGAAAACACUCUUUGACCUCGUGGGUCGUUGGUUUAAAUCUGAACUCCAGAUGUGGAUGGGGACGAGAUGGCCGUAGUUCUUUUCAAGUUCUGUGCUUUGUUUAAGCGGACCGCCCACACGCACACCCACCUCUCGACCACGUGGACUGGUGUGUUGCUGUAGCAACAGGCCAGCAAACGGCAGAAACGCUGAAAGCAUAUGGUGCAUUGACGUAAAUGCUUUCGGCCUUUCGUGAACAUUUGAAAGACAGAAGACCUAUUGAGUUGAGGGGGGGGGGGGGCAGGCUAGCAGAAGGACGGGAGAGACGGAAGAACAGUGGUGGCCAGUUUCGGAAGAGACGACCGAUUUCUUUGAGAACCAGAUUAAGCCUACCUCACGGUAGGUAGGCUUAAUAUAUGUGGCCUAGAGAACGCUGUUUGAAUCGAGUGAAUUUGCAUGAGGAGCCUUGUUCCUCUCUAUCACACUCUUGGUUGCUUCAGCAGACACUCUGACACAAGUCGACUGCAUGCUCAAGCAUACUUUUAGUUUUGUUCGGUUUCAUUUGGCGAAAUAAGCGCCCCAUGCGGGAUUGGGAUUACUGGUUCCUUAGCCACCGUUAGCCUCCAGCUCUUUGUUUUCCUGUUUAUUUAUCUGUCAACAGAAUCAAUCAUCUCUUUAUUUAUUUGCCGUUUUAUAUCAGAGUGUUGAUUUGUUGAAUAAUUUAUUCAUGUACAUAUCUUAUUUAUUUGCGAGGAUUAGAUGGCAGGGCUUAGACGGUGAUUCCUGUGGGUAACCAGGGUGAUAAGAUGGCAGCUUUAUUGUAAUAACGGACCUCUGAUUCACAGAGUAUGGGGGAAAAAUAUGAAAUCCAAAAAUGCGGGCAUAUGUAUGUGCGUAUGUGGGAAAGUAUACAGCAUAUAUGGCAAAAUAUAUUGUUAUUUUUUGAGCAUUGCUUAUGUUUCGCUUUGACUAACAUUUUGCAGUGUAGCCUAAUUGUAUGUUACAAUAUAUUAUACAAUAAUUACUAAAAUGACAUAUAGAGUAAUGUCAAUAAAGUAUGUAUUUGCUAUAUAUGCUGUACAGUUUAGAAUUGUAUGUGAAAUGUAUUCCUUACUUAUUGGAUUUUGUAUUUGACAGGAUAUUUUUUGUAAGGAAGAUGAUUGUGUGACUGGUGACAUUGUGAUACAUUGCAAGGUAAUGACACUACCUGCCAUAACCUGUUUUGGUAGCUUUGGUGUGUCAAUAUUACAGAGACUGAGGGUCAGAUUUGUCACACAUUUCACUUAGAUAACAGAUUAGAGGCCCAAAGUUGAUAUUUCUUUAAGAUGCUUUGCUUUUUUAAAAACUACACCAUGACACAUAUUGUCCACUGUAAACACUUUUGUAAACCUGGGAUGUUUCUUAGCAAGAGAGGUAUUUCUGGAUUUUCAACCUGUGAGUUUCAUUAAAUUGACAGAAACGGGCCUGGCCAAAGCACAGAUUCUCGACACUGACCAGAUAGUCAUCUCCAUGCACAGUAAAAUGUCCAGUGUCCAUUCAAUUCUAAAAGAGUUUUAUUUGAGUCCACUUUGGCCAUAGUGUAUUCAUAUAAACUCUGUAAGAGUUGAUUUAACAUUGAAUAUUUUAUUGUGUAUUCCUUGAAAAAGUUCUGUCUGGCUACCAUUAAAGCUAAAAGGUUCUGAAGCUGAGACUCUCUAUGUUCAUGAAGGGAUGCAACUAAGGGCUAUCUUGGCAGUGGAUGAUUUUGUCCUUCGGCAUGCUUCUUAAUGAAUAUUGAUAAACCGUAAUAUCGCAGGGGGAACCCCUCAACAAUGGAAGUCUCCUAUAGUUAGACAGAACAAGAGCUGACUGCAGGAGCUGAGCAUCUGGUUAAUCUGUACCAAAUCUGUAUUCGAGAGUCUUGACCAGGAUGUAGAACUGAAGAUGAGGUGUUGUGAGAGUUUGGCUUCUUCACUUCUGGUUCCUCUCUGCCAUCCCACAGGAAUUCACACGAACGUGUUAAUAUUUAUUGCAGAGAGGUACAGUAUACAAAUAAAUAUAUGAAUUGUAAAAUAGUACAAUAAUAAAGUAAUAUUAAUAUCA